AGUGGCGAGAAUUCACAGGUGGAUUGGAUGGGUGUCUCGAUAGAAAUUGAGGGGUGGGACCCUGCCCAAAAGUAUUUUGGGGGUGAUCUCAUCACAGGAAGCGUCAUUAUUGAGAACAAGUCACCAAACAGCAAAAUUUUGGGACAAGAUUUGACCAUAAAAUUUACCGGCCGGGCAGAGUCGCAUUGGAAAGAGCAACGGAAGAAUGUGGGUCAUUAUCGGCAAUAUUUGGUGACCACUUGUGACAGCGAGGUCUACUUUGAGGAGAGGAUAACCUUGCAAAACAAAGAGGGAGGCGUGGAUAACCGCGAGAUAAGGCCGGGAAGGUCAGAAUAUGGAUUCAGUUUCCGAUUUCCUGUCGGUUUACCACAAUCCUUUAAGAGUGACCAUGGGAAGGUGGAGUACUGGGCGGAAGUAGCUUAUCCGAAAUCGUGGGCGCCCGAUCAUCGGAUAAGACUCGACCUGAAUAUCGGUGCCGUUUUGGAUUUGAACAUGGUCCCACGAGAUUGGGCGCGUCCUGGGAAGUUCAAUAUGUCGAAAACGUUUUGGUGGGGGUGGGGAACCGUGGAUGCAGUUUUGUCACUCCCGAGCCGGAUUUUUGUUCCCUUGGACGACAUCAAUUUCUGUUUGGAGGUUGUAAAUCAUAGUCACUGCUAUUUGAAGAAAAUUAGAGUCUACUUUUGCCAGGUGACCACAUAUCACUCGAAAGGUUCCGAACCGUUCAAAGAGGGGGCACGCCUCUCCAAAAUAAAAUGUAAACCUGUCCAUCCACGAAAUUCUGCGACAAUCGAUGGUUCAAUUUCCGUACCGGAAGUCCCUCCCACCCAACUGGGUGGAUGCGCCUUAGUUCAGCCGCAGUACGGAAUUAUGAUUAAAGUGAUUGCCACCACAUUUGGGAAAAUUAUCAAGUCGGCCGUUCUCGAAGGACGUGUUCCCGUCCUCAUCGGAACUGUACCGAUAGGAAGGAGUGUACCUGCCCCAGCGUCCGCAUCAUUCGCGUCGUCGACUAGCAGCAGUGGUUUGGCGACAAACCGACCAGCCACAGUGUUACGACAAACGAUACAAUUUUCGGAGCGGAGAGUCGUUCUCACGCCUCCGGGAGACGGUCAAGAUGACGAUGAGGACGAUCGCUUCACUAAUUUGGCUGGGGAUUGAAAUUUGCACGCUAGUAUGAGUUAACUCGGAUAAUUAAGUGAUAACAAUUAAUCAUAACGAAAUUAUUUGGAGAUGUGGAUAAUUCAUAUUUAGUUGUUUGUCAAUAUUUUGUAAAUAUUUUCUAAUUUUGGUUUCUGAAAACGAGACGUUUGACGUAUGCAUGUAUGUAUGUAGUUGAAAAUUUAGUGGCGUUUGAGUUAUUUAUUGAUGAAAUUAUCUGCUCUUGGUCGGAGUAAUUUUGAUAAUUGGCCUUAAUUGAUUGGAAAAUUGUCAAUUUUCUGGAGAAAUUUAUAAUGAAAUGACAGAUUGACAUAUUGGAGACUUUAUCUAAUUAAGUUUAUUUCUCGGGAACCUUUUAUUCUAAUUUUCGGAAACGUAAAUACAUUUUUCGUGUGACAUUAAUUUGAUUGAAGAAACAUUUUUGUAAUGAGGAUUGACAGUGACACGACUCAAUUUCAUACAUAUCUAUUCACGUUGUGCGAUUUUAAUCAGUUGCUUUUAUUGCAUUGGAGUUUCAUAAUAUACAUAUUUCUAAUCUGGCUAGAAAAUGUCAUUUAAUGCCAAAUUUGGACGAAUCAUGAAUUUCAGAAUUUAUGCAGCAAUCAUUAUAACUAAAUAUAACGUUGGAUAUGUCAUAAAUUCGUGAUUAUAUCAGUACAAAGGACCUAUUUUUAACAUCACUUAAAUAUGAUUGGAAAUUAGCAUAAUUUAUUAUUUUAUUUUAUUAUUUGCAAACACUUCGUAAAUGUUUUCUGUAAUCCAGUAAUUAGAGAUUUUGCCUGCUAUUAUGUAAUAAUACAACCAGUAAACUUGCAUUUUCUCAAGUCAGAUUUUUGCACAUGUAAAAAUAAUUUGGAAAUAAUACAUUAAGUACGUACUUCAAAUUACACAUUGAGAAGGAGUGAAACUCAAUACAGAUUUAAUUACAUUCUGUCUGUAAAAAUGUGUAAAAUGAUCAUGGUAUUUUAUUUAUAGCAAAGUCUUUACAUGUAUGUAACUCGAGAGCAUAUAUAUUUUUAUUGCUUUCAUAUACUUAUUUUUAAGACUGUAUUUAUCCAGUCAAGUCCCACUUAACAUUUUUUAUUGGCUAAAUAACACUAGAAAAACUAUUUAAUACUGACAAUGGUCAAGUAAAGUUGUUUACUGUAUGCUAUAAUUUCGUUAUCAGAACAUAAUUGCUUAACUAAAUUGCUCUAUUGUUAAUUGUAAUUUUUCACCCAUUAAAAAACCAAUUAGUGAUUAAAUCCAGUGUAUGAAAUGAAUACAUAUUUUUCAUGCAUUACAUAUUCAUCUAUCGUAUGUACAUAUUUAAUGAUGCGUUGAAUGUCUGGAUGGAAUCUUAUGAACUGUUUACGAUUUACCACUUUUGAAUAAAAAUUCAUUACCUCUGUCGUUUUUGGAAUAAUUUUGAAUAUAAAGUUACGUGAGUGCGCCUAUUAACAACAUUAUUAUUGAUCGUAUAUAGAGACAAACAUACAUAGAUCUCGAAACUUAUAAACGUUUUCCGUGACGUUGCACGCGUCGUCAUUUUGUGGAGAAAGCAAAUUGCUUCAUUUUAGUUGUCCUUAAUACAGAUAGGACAAUGUUCGUCCAGAACACGACCACCUGGUUCCACUUUCAUGAUAUGAUUUGAUGCAAUGUGACCUGCACUUGUUGUUGAGAAAUUAAUGGGUCUUAUGUAUCUCGUCCUAGUUAGCAAGUUGGCUUCCCUGCCCCUGUCGGAAAUAAUGGGCAAAUCAAAUCAAACGGUGAACCAUAUUUCACCGUUGAUUGCAAUAUCGCCAUGUACAGAUAUAGACAUUCAGUGGUGCAUGAUUUUAGAUAUAUGGGUCAAGGUUGAAUCAAAUCAUGAUAAUAAGUCCGGUUGUAUUUUUAAAAGAAGAAUGCAAAAAAUACGGCUUGAAGUUUGCGUAUGGAUAUAUAUUUAAAAUUGGUAAGAGUGUACAUUUUAUGAGAAAUUCGGCUUUAAAAGUCGAUAAACCAAAAUUGUUACUUGGUUUAAAAUGUAUUAGAUACAAAUAUAGAUUGGAUAUCUUCUUAGUAAUUAUUAUUGAAACUAAUUAAUUUUUAAUGUCAGUAACAGCUUAUCAGUAGUAUAAGUACUAAUAAAAUGUUGAGAACUAAUUACUUGACAUUUUCUAGUAGAAUUUUAAUUUUGUAUUGUGUGUAUCGAAAUUAGUAUAAUUGUUAUCAAUAUAAUUUACAUUCUGUGUUUGAAAGAUACUGACAAUAAGUGGGUGCGAUUACAAAUAUAAUUCCUAAUUCCUGGUUGAGAGACUUACAUAAAUUUUAUGACAUGAUGGAUUGAAUUGUCAUAUUUCGACGUCGUUAGUAAAACUCCUCAACUUGGAAUUCAUCUUCUUCUGUACAAUUAAUUAUACAAUAUGAACCAUAAAUUAUGGUCCAUAAUUUCCAGGAUUUAUUAUGCCCAAUAUAUUACUUAAUUACUCUUUGUCUGGAAGUCUGUCUACAAAAAUAUGUAAUAAAAUAUUCAAUACUCAAUUGAACAACCAGCAUCUCAUUUUUCUUCUGAUUAGAAAACUAAAUAUUUAAUUGCUUACAGACGGCAUUACGUUUACUUUUAGUUGUGUGCAUUGAACACGUUUUUUUUAAUUUCAUACAACCAGACAUGCCUGAGUUUUUUAGUAGGCUGCAGUGCAUCUGUAAAUUGGACCACAUUUUUUAUGGGUAUCAAUAAAAAGUUACAUACAUUAUUGUUUUUCAAGGAUUAACUAAAUUUUUUGUUAUCUAAAAUCGUUGUUUGUUAAAUUCUGUUUUUCUGAACUUAUCAAAAUCCCAAACUCCAGAAAAUAUGUAGGUAAUAAAUAAAUGCAGUGUUAAAAGGUGAAUAUGCGUCGUCAUAAAAUAUCUGAUUAAAUCCGGUUCGUUUUGUUUAGUGAUGAUGCUCUAAUUCUAAGAAGCAAUUGUUCGUGUAGUUCCACAUCACUCUAAACAACGUGGUAACAAAAUUUAAACCGAAAGAAUAUGCAAAUUCAAUAGUUCACAAAAAUUAAUUGCUUAUUACGCUGGAACAAAUUUCUCUUUGGAGAAUAUGAAAUAAUUUUGUGUACAAUUCUUGUUACCGUUCGAUAAAAAAUUGACACUGAUGCGUCACAUUUCGAAAAUUUGGUUACAAUAUUAUUUAGAGUGAUACAAUCUGAAUCGCGUCCAGAUUGAGACAGAUUUUCUGGUCAGACUUUGGUUUGGUUGAGUUGGCUCUGCUGACAGUCUCUGGUUGAGUCUGGUUGAGGGAAAAAGGUGAAAGGUGGCUACUUGAGAUUUCCUAGUUGUCUGCAUGUAACAAUACUUUCUCUCGAGAAAGUUUGUUUAAUAAGAGAAAGAAAGUUUGUAUAGUUUAUUGAGUGACAUCUUAUCUCGACACGGUUUGAUAAGCAGGGGUGUUAAUUAG